AUGGCUGAGCCCAAGCCGCGCCAGCGCAAAUUUGCUCCCCGGUCACGCACAGGCUGCUUGACAUGUCGAACUCGGCGCAAAAGAUGCGAUAACGCGCAACCUCAGUGUGCCAACUGUGCACGACUCAAUCUCAAGUGCGAGUGGCAGCCUCCACGCAAAAUUGUCUCGGAGCCGCCUUCUCCGCCAUCGGCUUCCAAAAGCCCCAAUCUCCACACAGCGCUUUCUUUACGCCCUGGCCUCGAUCCAUGGGAUGCCCUGCCUGGUGACCACAGAGCCGAAAGAAUACAUUUGCUACAGUACUACGUAGAGGCUUUCGUGCCCAGUGUCCAGGUAGCCCCGAUACCCACCAGUUUCUACACCAGUCUCUACAUGCCUUGGUCCUUUCAGAUUGAAGGCAUGCUAGAUGCCAUCCUCGCCAUUUCCUCCGCUCAGCUGGCUCGAAGAAGCCAAGACGCUCAUCGUGCCAGCCAUCUGCGAGCAGUCUCAACCCGCCAUGAGAAGAAGUGUUACGACUUUAUUCGAGAGCGCUUAUCCCCCUCGGGUGGACUACCAAAGGAUACCUAUCAAGUCACGGCCGUCAUCUUGAUCUUGGUAGGCCUAGAAGCUCUCAAUGGCGUCAAGACGACUAAAUGGAUUUCUCAGUUGAAGAGUGUUCAGCGCAUUCUGAACUCACUUUCCCCAGAGCAGAGUAUCAUGGAUUGUGUCGAGGUCGACUCCCUACAUCGGCACUUUACAUACCACUUCGCCUCUGCCUCACUCAUGGCUCGCGUUUCCAAUCUAGGAAAGUCUGGCUCACCUGACCAAGGCUUGCUCUCCAUCAGUGCCGCCCUUAUGCCAGGCACCAUUGAUCCUCUCAUGGGCAUCUCCUACCAGCUUUGUGACCUUAUUUCCCGCAUCCAAUACAUCAAUGUUUCAACCCCAGCCUUUCCGCUGACUACAGAAGCUUCUUUCCAUGUAAUAGAGCAGGGCAUACAACACUGGACUUACGACAAUCCUUUCGCACUGGGCGUCGACGCCACCAUAGCACUCGAUCUCGUUUCACUCGCAGAAGCCUACCGUCUUGCUGCCCUCAUUCAACUUUAUCGUACUUCAACAAGCCACUCCCAUCUGAUUCCUGGUUGCGCAUCUCGAACCAUGGAUUUCAUCGCUCGUAUCCCUCCAGGAAGUGCUGCUGAAUCGAGCUUACUCUACCCAAUAUUUCUAGCUGGCGCAGAGCUAGACGAUGAAGCAGCUAUUGAGCAAUGCUUUACAAGACUAGACAAUAUUCAGAAACGCAAUCGCUAUGAGAAUGUAGAGUGUGUCCAGAAGGUUUUAAAGGAAGUUUGGCGGCCAAAGCUUGAAGGUGGGCGGAAACGUGACUGGGAACAAGUAGUGCGCGAGUGGCAAUGGUCCUUUACCCUCGGAUAA